GAGAAGCCACUGGUAGUAUAAGUAGGCACGCCUAGUGGUAAGUCAGGCUAGCAGGGCCGAAGAGGAGAAGAACCAACUACGCCAUCCACGCUCACGUCGCUCAGGAGUGAGAACACGAAGGCCGCCGGCCAUGGCGUGCUUUCAGACGCGUCCAAGUGCUGCUGUUGUGGUCGUCGUCACCAUGCUUCUGCUCCAGGCUUGCUAUGAAGGCAGUCAAGCAUCAGCAUCUUCCUCGCUGCAGCUGCAGCUGCCUCGGCAUCAGAUGCGCAAGAUGCUCAGCGUCAGUGCACCUUCCAUGUCAUCGAGCGGCGGCGGAGGGCGCUCGGCGGAGCCGUUGGAGCUGGAGGAGUGCUCAAAGGAUCUCCUGGAGGUGUACCAGAUCAACGCGCCGAGCAUGGCGGGCGGCAUACCGGCCUACAGCGUGGAGUUCACCAACACAUGCAUGGAAUGUCUCGUGUGCGACGUCCAUGUCGCAUGCGGCGACUUCGCCUCAAAUGAUGUCAUCGACCCGGCCAAGUUCCGCCGCCUCGGCAUCAACGACUGCCUCGUCAACGACGGCAAGUCCAUUGAGCCCAGCUUCCCCGUGUCGUUCCAGUACGGCAACUCCUUUCCGUACCCGAUGACAGUCGCGUCCGCCUCCUGUGACUGUAAGUAGCUAUGGCUAGGGUAUCGGUGACGGAUAUAGCUAUCUAUUCUUGUCAUGAAUAAAAUCAAGUAGAUCUCGACGGGCGGCUGGUGGUCGGAUCUUACUUUCGGAGCUACUGUGUUAUCUAUCAAUGUAAUGGCGCUGAGGAAUAUUUGAACCGAGUCCAAUGAAAAUUAUCGUUGCUAUGAAA